AUGACCGCAGACAUCCAAAAAUAUGUAAAAAAUUGUGACAUAUGUCAACGACAUAAAAAUCGAAAUCAUCAACGAUAUGGUCAAUUACAACCGUUACCCAUUGCAGAAAAGCCAUUCAGACAUUAUUCUAUGGAUUUUAUAACAGGAUUACCACCUUCUCAAGGUAAAGAUGCAAUUUUAACCAUUGUAGAUCGUUUUACCAAAAUGGCUUGGUUUAUCGCUUGUAACACAACAACGACCACGGAUCAGUUAAUUGAAAUAUUCGAGGACAAAAUCAUAUCCAGUUUUGGAUAUCCAAUUGAUAUUGUUUCAGAUCGGGGACCUGUUUUUAUUUCAGAAAAGUGGCGACAAUAUGCCAAAGACCAUAAAAUACAUCUUAUGUUAUCUUCAGGAUAUCAUCCACAAACAAACGGACAAACAGAGCGCGUCAAUCAAAUCUUGGAGUCAUAUCUUCGUUGCUACGUGAACAAACAUUUAACAAAUUGGGUCAAUUAUCUUCUCAAAGCUCAAUUAUGUUAUAACUCUUCACAGCAUUCUGCUACAAAAAUAGCUCCAAUUAAUGCUGCUUUUGGUAUUCAAGCUAUAGUUACCGCUUGGGAUACGCAAAUCCUGGAUGAACUAGAUAUUCCUUAUUUACCGGACAGAACAGAAUCCAUCGAUGAAAUACGUGAACGUAUCAGAAAAGCAAAUGAUAAAUACGCAAAGUAUUACAACCAAAAAACAAUUCCACCACCGAUUUUCCAACCUAACGAUCAGGUAUUAGUCAAAAAUGGCAAAGUGGGAUUUUUCCAUCAAUCAAAUAAACUUGAACCAACAUUUGUUGGUCCAUUUUCAGUAAAAAGAAAAAUAGGAGAACAUAACUACGAGUUAAAUUUUCCUGAAACGAUACGAAGACGCUAUCCUGCUAGUUUUCAUGUAUCCGAACUCGAACCUUACAACGCGGACUUAAGCUCAAACAAUUUUAUGCAAAACAUCGUUAUUGACGAAAUUUUAGAAGCUGAUAACCUAGAAAAGCCUUCUCACUACAAUUGUUUAUAUAGAUCGCAACUCUCAGAUUAUGACUAUCGCUCAGUCACAUGGGUUCCUAGAGACAUCGUUCGAAAAAAGGCAUACUCAAAGCUCAUUGAAUUUAAUCGUCGCGCUUCUCCAACAGAAGAACCGCAAUGAAAAUAAGAGUCUUCCAAUUCAAAGAAGUGAAAGACUCUUAGGCAGGGAGGUGUCAUAAUUGGAUCCCUCGUUAGCAUUCAUAAUAUAACAAUCCGUUAUAAGAAUGGAAUAUUAGCUAAUAUAAGUUAAUAUUCAUAAGCUUAAAGAAUUGUGCUUGAUAAUAAGUAAACAAAAAAUUGAAAAUGC